AUGUCCAACGAUUCAGUCCAACCAACGCCAGUACUUGCCGUCUUUCCAGCGUAUGGACGAUAUUAUGGAUUAUGGCGACAGGAGAAAUAUCUAUUUCCGAUCGAUGCGGAAGAAACUAAUAGGAUGGAUAUGUUUCACCAAUUCUUUCUGGUUGCCCGACAUGAUGCCCUUUAUUUGCCUAACCUGCCCGUUACCCGAUCGCUUCGAAUCAUGGAUCUAGGCACAGGAACCGGUAUCUGGGCCAAUCAUGUUGCGGAAAGCAGAACCAAUCCCGAGCCGGAGAUCAUGGCUGUAGACCUUCAUAAAAUUCAAGCCGAGAAUCACCUGCUCCCUGGGUCGGGGUAUCUGGAGCAUGUUGAGAUCGACUGGGUACCUCGUUGGGAUGAAGGGGAUGGAGGCGAGAUCCCAGUGCGAUCAGCUCUCGAGGAGUGGUCAACCCUUUUUUUUACGGCUUUAGAAAGGCUUGGCCGCAAUGCCAGAAUCGACCGAGCUGCGAUUCGAAAGACAAUUGAGGAUGCUGGAUUUACCGAUUUCAAGGAGGAAACUAUUCGUGGUUACAUGGGACCCUGGAUGCCCGACAAAAAUGAGCAGAUUGCUGCAAAAUGGCUCAACCUUUGCUUUUCUCGUGGGGUCGAAGCCAUGAGUUUGAUGCCUAUGAUUAAAGGAUUGGGCAUGGACAUGGGCGAAGUUAGUCGCCUAUGUGAGAGAGCCGUCAAAGAGACUUUGCAGCUGCGCUUUCACACCUACUUUAAUGUAUGCUCACUUCCUGUGUGA